ACCAUCUCGGCAACAACUGGAGUUACGUUUAAAACUCAGCUCCAACCUCAAGCAAACUGCGCGAGGAAAUCAGCCAGAACGAAAGUAAAUGAAACCGUCCAGCCUCGACUGAGACAAGGAGAGUGGAACAGGUCAAGCGAGAACGCGCGCUUGUAAACAUAGAACGAUAAGGCAUUGCGUUAGCGGAGACGUCAAAACGGAGUGAACCAAACGCAAAAUGCCAGAGUGCCUCUCGCAGAGGACAAUUUUUCUUGGGGUUUUGCAGGGACGUACGGACUAUACCCGCGCGUCCAUUGCACAGCAUUUACUUGGGAAGGAGUUUCAGGACUUAUGAGCUUGCAUCCGUUUGACUCGACACGUUGUAACGCCUUACAGUCCCGUUCGCCUCUGAUUAGUGGCUGUUUUGGUGUCUCUGCCAGUGGCGGAUGCUGCUGUGCCUGAGCUGCUUGUCCGCCGUCUUCCUGGUGCUGCUGGUACUGGCGGUGGUGUACGCCUUGGUGCCGGAGUCUCUGGCGCAGCAGUCACUGACCUCCCCGCGCCGUUGCGGAGACAUCCCCACCUGGGGGGAGGCCAAUCUCAAAGAUCAUUAUCAGCUGUGCACGCAAAACAUGUGCUCCCUGGCCACGUGCGGUCCCAUCAACGAGAGCGUGUGUCACAUGAAACCACUCGUCUUCGAAGACAAGUGCAAGUGCUGCGAUUGGUGCCUCCUUCGAACCGUCACCUGCAAGCACCGCGAGGAGAGUGGCGAUGACAAGUCCGUGGACCGGUACUUUGCCUGCCAGCGCCCCUGCUAUCCCUUGCGGCCUCCCAAGUAGCAGUAGCGAGAUGACCGGCGGAUCUACGUGGGCAUGAAUCGCUGGAUCAUCGUAGCAGUGUUCAAGUUUCCCUAAUACAACUUCGAAGACGUAUUUACUUUCCUUGUAGAGGUUGUCAAAUUUCUUGCGGUAUUGCUAUUAUAUUUGCCCGGGCUUUCUCAAGUGCCACAAGUAAAUCACGAAACUGCAUCGUUAUCUGAUAUAGAAUAUAAGUAAGGCACCAUAAUAAUGAGUUUUAAUAACACCGCCUUGUCUUAGCAAGCUGCAAGAACAGAUAUGCAUAAAAAGCGUAUAUAGACAAACAUUCAAGUGUAGAAAAACCGCUCUGCUGGCACAUUGGGACCAGAGCCAAAAAGAAGAGGA